CUCGUGCAGCGGGAGCAGACUGCAGCGGCUGAGCCGAGCCGAGCCGAGCCGAGCUGAGCUGCAGAUGCUGUCUGAGAGGCAGCUCUGUCUGGACUGACAGCACAGGACGGAGCCCUCAGCCAUGGAUUCACCAGAAAGGUGUGCCUGUAAUGCUUUGGGCUGAGGAGGAGAGCAGUUCUGGAGGAGAUGGGCUGCACCUCUGCCAAGCAGGUGUCUUCUGUUCCCAGCGAUGAGGAAGGCCAAAGCAAAGCCCACAGCAACGGGGACCUCGUGUCUGAUGAGCACAAGAUGAGAGGAGUGGAGAAAGACAAAUGCAUCAGUGGGGAAGAGGAAGAGGACAGCCAUGGCGGCACAGAGAAAAGUGCUCUCCUUGGUGUAGGACAACACACCAACGAAUCAGGAUCAAACGGAAAGAUUCUGAGCAUCCACUCCUCAGAGAGCCAGCAGGAAUUCUUCCGAAUGCUGGAUGAGAAGAUUGAGAAGGGCCGGGACUACUGCUCAGAGGAAGAGGAUUUGACAUAGCCUCACGAUCCUGGAUCUAACCACAUGGAAGACGGCCCGGACUCCGUGUUCAGAGUGACUUCAUCUUGUUUUAAUUAAACUCCUUAUGAGCACGAAUGCGGAAAAAAUCGGUUUCAGACCUUAAGUGAGGACCUUUUCUUCUUUCUAGCCACAACCUGAGAGUCUAAUCAGCUCCGGCCAUGAUUCCAGCUGAAAGCAGCAUCUGCUGUCUCCAAAGGGAAGAGAUGAGCUCUGUCCUGAACGAAGCAUGAACUGAAACCUAUCACACUCUGUAUGUGUCCACUCAUGUGGACAUGUGGUAAAGUUGCAUCAUUUGGAAGGUUUCAUCCUGGAUCGAGGUUUCGGGAUGGGAAAUCCACAUCCAGAAGCAGUAUGAACUUUUUUUCCACAGCGUCCGGGCCAUCAGUGUUCGUCUGUCCAUGACUGUUUCUGUUCAGAUGUAUCUACGUCAAAUAAGGCUCAGGGUUAAAGUGUUAAAAUGUAACCGUCUCUCUCAUGUGGUCCAGUCCUUCUUCUCACAGACACUUUUGCACCAUGAAACGUACACAUGCACCAGUUAGUCAUGUUUCCUGCUUCAGUUUCUGUUCCAUGUAACAAAAACGUGCACGCUGCAGCAGCACACAGAUGUCUGUUCAUGUAUGUCAGUCACCAGUGUUAUAUCCUUUUUUUUUAGGAAAAUUAAAAGUGUUUACAGGAA